AUGAGUCGGCCAAUGGAUGAGGAUGUCCCUGGGAAGAAUGAAGAAGAGGAGUUCAACACAGGACCAUUGUCUGUGUUGAUGAUGAGUGUUAAAAAUAACACACAGGUCCUCAUCAACUGCCGCAAUAAUAAAAAGCUUUUGGGCCAUGUGAGGGCCUUCGAUCGCCACUGCAAUAUGGUGCUAGAAAAUGUGCGGGAAAUGUGGACUGAGGUGCCCAAGACUGGGAAAGGCAAGAAGAAAUCUCUUCCGAAACCCCAAGUAAAAGGUUUGUUCUCUUGUGGGAGUUUUGAUUUCGUGGCCUGCAGGAUACUGAUAAUCUGA